CACUCUUUCUAUCAUCCCUUGGCGGUCUGGUAUCCGCUUUGCCCAACCAUGCCGGCUAUCCCCAUUUUCAAGCGUACAUGGGCUUUGCAGCCGAGACUGCUCGUGCCGACCCUCCCGACCCCACGCAGCCAUACGACUACGUGGUGGUCGGCGGCGGCACCACCGGUUUGAUUGCCGCCAACCGCUUGGCCAACAAGGGAUACACUGUAGCUGUUAUCGAACGCGGCGAUUACCCCAGUGGGAACUUGAGUGAGGUUCCCGGAUACAAUGAAAAGUGGUUCAGCCCGAAUCCACCGGAUUCGAAGGAUAUCGUAUGGACGUGGCCUACCGUGCCACAGGUUGGUGACGAUAAUGAGACUACGAGGACCCAUAUGAUGGGAAAGAUGAUGGGUGGCAGCCAGGCAUUUACGUUCGUUGAUUAUUUCCGCACCACUAAAGGGGCGUUCAUGAAUUGGGCCGAGCAAGUUGGCGACGACUCCUGGACCUGGGAUAAUGUGCUUCCCUACUACCAGCGUUCAGUGUAUUUCACUCCCCCGAAUAGCACCCUGCGAGGUAACAAUGCCACGCCGGAAUACGACCUCUCCAAUCUGGUCGGGGAUACCCCGGGACCCAUCGAGCUCACCUUUCCGAAAUACGCACAGGCAUUUAGCAGCUGGGUGAAGAUGGGUCUCAAGGAGUUACUCGUCGGAUCCAACUAUGGUUUCUCCGGUGGGGAUAUCAAAGGGGGCAGCUGGGUGGUCAAUAUGAUCAACACCACUGACGGGAAACGAGCGACGACCUAUACCUCGUACUUGCGGGCGGCUGAGGACGUCCAGGACAAGAUUGAUGUUUUCAACGGCACGCAGGCUGAACUGAUCAAUUUUUCCACUGGUGACAGCCCAACUGCUAGCAGCGUGCACGUCUCCCGGAAUGGCAGCUCAUUCGAUAUUACCGCCGACAAGGAAGUUAUCCUGGCCGGAGGACCAAUUCUCACCCCACAGCUCCUCAUGGUCUCCGGCGUCGGUCCGAAAGACAUUCUCACCUCCCAAAACAUCUCCAUCAUCCUGGACAAGCCCGGCGUCGGCCAGGACUAUUACGACCACAUUCUCUUCGGACUCACCCACACCGUGGAGGUCGAAACCACCACUGCCCUCCUCAACGAGACCCGUCUCCGGGAGGCAUGCGACAAAUUCCAAUCCAACGCCGAGGGCAUCCUAUCCAGCCCAGGCCCGGACUUUGUCGCUUUCACUGACUUUCCCACGGACCUCCGCUUGAACUUUUCCAAGCAGACCAUCGCCGACCUGGCUACCUUUCCCUCCGACUGGCCCGACGUUGGCAUCAUCUCUUACCCCAGCGGGAUCAGCGAAGGUCCUGGUGAGAAUUACGCUGAGAUCAUGGCUGUCCCGAUGACCCCUAUGUCCCGGGGCUCCAUCUCCCUCCAGGGGGGGUCCAUGGCUGACAAUCCCGUCCUCGAUCCUAAAUGGCUCAGUAGUCAAACGGACCUUGAGGUCGCCGUUGCCUCCUUGCAGUAUCUCUUCCGUUUGUUCAAUACCACCACCAUGUCGUAUAUCCUGGGUCCGUCAUCGAGUGCCCCAGGCGUGGAAGAAGCCACCUGGGAUGACCUCGCCGAUCUCGUCAAGAAAUCUUACCGAACUCUGAACCAUCAAUCGGCCUCGUGCCGGAUGGGCCGGUCGGAUGAUCCAAUGGCAGUGGUGGAUUCAUCGGGUAGAGUGAUGGGAGUGAACCAGCUGCGCAUUGUCGAUCCCUCUGCGUUUCCGUUUUUGCCCCCGGGGUUUCCGCUGGGCACGGCUUAUAUGGUUGCCGAGAAAAUCACCGAUAGUAUUAUCGAGGGUGAUGCUGCUGGAGGAGAUCAUGAGCCUCGCUUGGAUCUGUGA